AUGAUACUAUCAGGGGCCUUGUGGCUCCAAUCGCAGAGAAGUCCAGACCAAGGAGGAAGCUUUAGGGUUAAAUCCAAGUUCACAGUAGUAAAAGGGUCAGAUGCUAGCGAAAAAGAGAUUCAGGCAAAAGUUCAACAGCCAGGCAGCAAAGGAUCAAUGCUCCCCACACAGAUCAUGCUUCAGCCUGAUACAGAGUACGCAAUUUGUUCCUUGGAUCUUUCUGGCGUUGCCUCAGACCUUAUCGAAAACGUUCAGGCAAUAAAUUCUGAUUAUACCGGCAGCAACUACCACAAAGGGCACCUGAACCCAUAUGCUGACCAUCCCUCUGGGCCAGGACAGCUGGCCACGUACACCCUGAGCAAUGUUGCAACCAUGCAUUGUCCCCUGAACAGCAGAGCCUGGAGGAACAAUAAGUUGAGAGCGAGGAACAUUGCUGCCGGCUGUGGCAAGUAUGUCAUCACCGUGGUCGUUCCUGGAAAUAACUGGAUCUCAGUCAAUGGGGUGAAGAGAGUCAGCAUUCCCAGCCAUGUGUGGAGUGCCUUCUGCUGCUUGGACUACAAUGGGAGGCCAAUGAAAGCCAAGGGCUCUCUUCCUAGAAACAACACCAACAGUGUCCAUGCUGGUCUGACCAUCUCAUCCCUGCAGAGCCAACUAAAGUCUCUCCUGGGGGUCAAUGUCAGAUUGUUUCAGAACAACUGCACCUAA